AUGAAUUACGGCCGACACGCGUUUGGGUCACUAUUGCCGUUGUCCGAGAGACACGUUCUGGGUCAAGCUUCAGCCACUCGAUGCUCGCGUCCCAUUGCAGAUCUGCCUGGCAUUGCUGUAUUACUGAUUAACUCGACCAUUCCGGUCGACACUCAUCUUUCGAUUAACCCAGGCGAACCCAAAGUUUACACAUCGUUAGCCAAACCGGUCGUGCCACGCAAGCCAGAUGAAAUGACAAUAAUUCCGGAGGAAAUCGUGCCACCAGUUACACUAUAUCUACGGCAAGUCCUCCCUCGAUGA